CUGGCGGAUCCGUGUGCUGAGCUGAUCCGCAAAUCGAGAUGACAAGGUGGGGAUAUUGUUCAGUGCCUCGAAGCACGAUGUCACUACCGAUGCCGUAUAAAUGGUUUCGAGAGCUUUUGUUGUCUCCGCGGGGAAUAGUGGUCUGAAACAGUACUUACCGUGCAGCAAAGUCAAGCUAGCUAUUCACAAUGCCUCAUAUCACCACCGAGCUUCGAGAUUAUGGACGCAGGAGAUCCAAGACCGGUCCCUAUGCGGACAAUCUCGAGGUGGAUGCCCUUGUCGUUGGUGGUGGUUUUGGAGGAGUCUUCUGCUUCUACGAAUUGAGGAAGGCGGGCUUCAAGACUGUCAUCUACGAAGCCGGCAACGAUCUUGGAGGAACAUGGCGUUGGAACUGUUACCCUGGCGCAAUGGUCGACUCCGAGAUCCCAGAAUAUCAACUGUCCAUCCCAGAGACAUACAAGGACUGGACCUGGCCAUCCAACUAUCCGACUUACGAAGACCUCAGAGCAUAUUUCGAUCACUGCGACAAAGUCUUGGACAUCAAAAGUCAUACGGCGUUCGAUAGUGUUGUCGUCGAAUCCCAGUUCAACACUGACGAAGGCCGCUGGCACGUCAAGACUGCCGAUGGACGUACUACCAAGACCAAAUAUCUCGUUAUCGCUGCUGGGUUUGCUGCCAAACGCUAUGUUCCCGAUGAAUUCAUUGGCAUCGACAAUUUCCAAGGCAUCUGCCAUCACUCCUCGUUCUGGCCCGAUCUCAACAUCGAUGUUUCAGACAAGAAGUGCUGUGUGAUUGGAACGGGUGCAAGUGGUGUGCAAAUUGUUCAAAAAUGGGGUCCUAACGUGAGAAGCUUGAAAGUCUUUCAGCGUACCCCGAAUCUCGCCGUGCCAAUGAGAAAACGGGCUCUCACAGCCGAAGAGCAGAAUGAGCUCAAGCCAAUGUACCCGGAGCUCUUCAGCCUCCGCGAAAAAUGCUUUGGUGGAUUUCUGUACACCUUCUCCGAAAAGGGUACUUUUGAGGAUACUCCUGCCGAACGUGAAGCCUUCUACAAAAAGCUCUGGGCAGAUGGUGGGUUCCGCUUCUGGCUCGGAAACUAUAAGGACUACCUCUUUGACGCGAAGGCCAACCGUGAGGCCUACAACUUCUGGGCCAAAAAUGUCCGUUACAGGGUGGGUGAUGCCAAAACUCGAGAUCUCCUCGCACCUUUGGAGCCACCGCACCCAUUCGGCGUCAAGCGUCCUUGUCUCGAACUCAACUACUAUGAGCAAUUCAAUCGUGAGAAUGUUGAGCUGGUCGACAUCAAGAACAAUCCCAUUUCGCAGUUCACGGAAAAAGGAAUCAAAUUGAAAGAUGGCACCGAACACGAAUUUGAUGUCAUUUGCAUUGCCACUGGUUUUGAUAUCGUGACAGGUGGGAUGACAGCAAUGGGAUUGCGCAACAUCAACAGCACCUUGCUUCAAGACGAGUGGAAGAAGGCUGCCUACACGUACCUUGGUACAACCAUCAGCGGCUAUCCCAAUAUGUUCCAUCUCUACGGACCUCAGGGACCAACACUGCUGAGCAAUGGCCCAACAACAGUCGAGGUUCAAGGUCGAUGGAUUGUUGAUGCCAUCAAGCAGGUUGAACGCCAAGGUCUGAAGUACAUCAAUCCCACGGCCGAGGCCCAGGCGGCCUACAAAAAGAAGAUCAACGCAUUGUCUGAUAUCAGCCUGUUCCCAACCACCAAGUCUACGUACAUGGGUGGCAGUAAGCCCGACAAGGCUUUCGAACAGACCAACUGGGCUGGGGGAAUACCUGCGUACCAUGCAGAGAUUAGGGCCACCCUUCCCGAUUUCGUGGGAUUUGAAAAGGUCAAGAAGUGAGAGCAAUAUCUACGGUGGUCUCGAGGUGAGAUCGAGCUGCUGGUGAGCCAGAUUGAAUAGCAACGCGU